GGCGACAGUCUUGUCUUGAGCGUGGUGCUGUUCGAACGUGGGAUUUUACGCUUGCUUGUCGGUCGCGGAGAGAAUGGCAAAAGUGGAGUGAUUUGGCCAGAAUAUUCCUCCCAGUGCGAAUCCCACAGUGUCACAGGCAUCCGGAAAUGCUUCGGCGACAUGGCCAGAAUAUCUAGUGUAGUGUACAACGCAUGCAGUUCGAGUGGGAAUUAUGAUAAGUGUGCACUCCUUUGUUUCCCCAGACAGUUGUUCAGGCUCGUGAGUUCAGCUGUGACCAAGUGUUCUAGGCAUAGUGAUUUGAUCGGCGGACGAGUCAUCAGAAAUGUGCUUCUCUGCAUCGCAUUGCUAAAUGUUUUGUUUGUGGAUUUCGGCGACGCCCAUGGAAUUCAUCUAGCAAAUGAGCGAAUCCAUCCAGCGGAGCAAUUUUCCUCAUUCACAUUAAUUAGACCACGAGUGAUUCAUGGACACCACAAGAGAUCGAUUAACACCACACUUGAGGAGGAUGGCCUCCACGCGACCCACAUCACGUUGUCAUUCGAGAAGGCGAGUGGCGAGAGUGUGGUGCUGGAUUUGCAACUGAACGAGGAUUUGCUGCCUCAGGGCCACUUCCUGCACUAUCAGGACGGCCUGGGAGGUCAUCGGGUGCAGAAUUUCACGGGGCGAGAGGAUAUGGAUCACUGUCAUUACCUGGGCAGGAUACGGGGCAACAGGAAGUCCAGAGCCGCCAUUUCCACCUGCGAUGGUAUCAGAGGUGUGAUAUUCGAUGGCGAGGAGACAUUCUAUGUGGAAUCCACGCCGAAUAGUCAAUUGCAUUCCGAUCAUUUUCUCUACAGCCACUCCGAUAUCGAAUGGCAGAGCGUGGGCAAGUGUGGCUAUGAAGGCACGCAGGAGAGUCAAAACAGCACAAAUGAACUGAAACACUCUGAAUUUAAUAGAAUUUUAAGGUAUAAGCGAGCCGUGGAGGAUAGCGAGACAAUUCGUGGCCCCUACAAUGCCAACCGUGACUCAUCUUUCGUGGAGUUGCUGCUCGUGGUGGACAACAAGGUGUACAAUGCCCUGGGCCAGAGCCUGAAGAGGGUGCACAACCACUGCAAGACGAUCGCCAACAUCAUCAACGCACUCUAUAUGCCACUCAAUAUCUUUAUUGCCUUAAUCGGCGUCGUCGUGUGGACGGACACUAAUGAGGUGGAGCUCACGAGCGAUGGCGACAAGACGCUUAAGAACUUCCUGUACUAUCGCAAGAAGGUGCUGGUGCAGAAGUUCCCCAAUGACAACGCCCAGCUGCUCACGCGGGAGCAGUUUGAGGGUGGCGUGGUGGGAAAGGCGCUGAAGGGGCCGAUCUGCACGUAUGAAUUCUCGGGCGGCGUGUCGAUGGAUCACAGCCAGAUAAUUGGCGUGGUGGCGACGACGGUGGCUCACGAGAUGGGCCACAAUUUCGGCAUGGAGCACGACUCGGCGGACUGUCGGUGCGAGGAUGAGCGCUGCAUCAUGUCGGCGAGCAGUUCGUCCGUGGCGCCACGACACUGGAGCUCGUGCAGCAUCGACCAGCUGAAUCUCGCCUUCCACCACGGCAUGAACCACUGCCUGAAGAACCGCCCCGCGCGGCUCUUCGACAGCCCCCAAUGUGGCAAUGGGUUCGUGGAGAAGGGCGAGCAGUGCGACUGCGGCCUGCCCGAGUACUGCGAGAACUCCUGCUGCGAUCCCCUCACUUGCAUGCUCCACGCGAACGCCAGCUGCGCGACAGGUGAGUGCUGCGACCUGGACACGUGCCGGCCGCGCACUGCCGGCACCGUCUGCCGGACGGCAGAUGGCGAGUGCGAUCUGCCCGAGUUCUGCACGGGGGAAUCUGAGUACUGUCCAAACGACGUUUUCAAGCGCGACACGGAGGAGUGUGACGGCGGCAAGGCCUUCUGCUACCAAGGAUCGUGCAGAUCGCGCGCGGAUCAGUGCAAGGUGCUCUGGGGGCCCUCAGGCAACUCCUCAGAUGAGUGCUACAGCAAGAAUAUCGACGGCACGAGGCAUGGAAAUUGUGGAUUCGAGCGCUUCUCCAAUCAAUACAUCAACUGCGAUCGCGAGGACAUUUACUGCGGAAUGCUGCACUGUCGGCACUUGAAUGAGCGCCUGGAGUUCGGAAUGGAGUCGGUGUCGGUGUUGUCGCACAGCUUCAUGAAUCACGAGAACAGAAUCGUGGUGUGUCGCACGGCAAUCGUGGAUUUGGGCUUGCAAUCGAUGGAUCCGGGCUUGGCGCCGGACGGAUCCAAGUGUGGUGACAAUAAGAUGUGCGUGAAGCAGAAGUGUCGCCCGAUCGCGAGUCUGCGAAUGGAGGGAACGGGAGUGGCGUGUCCAGAUGAUUGCAAUGGGAAUGGGAUUUGCAACAGUCAAGGCCACUGCCACUGCGACAGAGGCUUCGCUCCGCCCUUCUGUGACGCUCCUGGACCAGGCGGAUCUGUCGACAGUGGUCCAGCAUCGAAUCCCAACGCUGGAGCUGGUUUCACCACUGCCAUGUACAUCUUCUUCCUGGGCAUUGUGCCACUGUGCGCCCUCGUGGCCUUCCUCGUAUACUAUUUCCGGCAGAAUCGCACGAUGAUCAAGAGGACGCCGCAAGUUCCUAAGCAACUGAUCAAGCAGAGUCCGUCGAAGAGUCACUCUCCGUCGUCCGGCGGACAGCCCAAGUCCACGCCCAGCAGUCCGGAUGACAUGAACUCGGCUCUGCUGAGAUCCAGUCGACAGGAGCAAGAGUCCUCGCUGCUCAAUAACAAUAUGUUCGGGAAAUUCAAGGGAUUCACCUUGAAGCCUUUACCAAAUGCCACGUCCACCAAUUUCGGGGCACCCAAUGUGGCCUUCGUAGCGCCUGUGGCGAAGCAGGUGGAGGAGGAGGAGGAGCAGUCAGGCGUGCCCAAUCGUGUCGCUCCGCCCGUUCCCAAGGUGCCUAACAACGUAGCUAUAGUGACUAGGAGUCAGACACAGGUGAAGUCUCCGGUGAAGUCGCCAACACUCACCAGAUCGGUCUCGAUAGACAGACCGGCUCCUGCUCUGCCGCCACCGAAUCCGGGAGCGCAUCCGCGGCCACUGAUUUCCAGUCCCAUCCUCGAGGCGUCAACGUGCACGGCCAAGGAGCUGAUGUCGCCGCUGAAGAACUCCGGAUCUGGGCGGUUUCCCGUGCGCCCGGCGCCACAGACACCAUCGCAACCUGUUGCCGCCGACACGCCAGACGGCUAUGAUGCGCCACUCCCUCGCGAGCCGAAGGGUGGGACGCUGAAGAGAAUCACGUCGUUUCUGAAGAAGGAGGAGAAGCCACCAGUUGAGAAGAAGCAACACAGGGUGAUUGACAGGGAGCGGCUGAAGACAAUCGAAAUUUCUGCGCCCAUCCCUCUUCCGGAGACCAACAAGACCCUCAAUCGCACCCAGAGCAUGAGGUCGCCGACACGCAAGGCGCCCCAGCCGUCAUUUGGCUCCAUGCGACAGCCGUCGCCGCUCAACAGGCCGCCCAGCAUCGUCGGCAGCCGGCCCAAAUCCCCGCCGCCCAGGCCGCCCGCUCCGCCCACGCUGCCAGUGGUGAAUGGGUAUCAGAAGCCGCCGCCGCCGAAGAAAGUCGUGUCCCCGCCCGAGUCCUCGCCUGAGUACGCGGAUUGCGAGGAUGGCGAGGCGCCGCUGGCGCACAUCAGUGAGGAGUCAACGCCGGUCACUCCGCCGGAUAACAUCUAUUCGGUGAUUGAGGAGCCGCCGACGCCGCCCAAGAUUCCUAGUCCUCCCAAAGUGGGCGUGCAGAGUCUGUCCACGAGUGUGGAGAGCAUGGGAUUGCUGGGAGAGAUUGUCAAUGAGAUUGAGAAUCGCAAUCUGGACUCGAUCUACUCGGUGUCGACGCUGCGGAAGAAGAAGCCGGGCGAGGAUGACGAUCAGACGUACGCCAACACGACGAUGCAAGAGUCUGAGGAUGAGUACAUGAACAUGAAGUCCAACUCCAGCACCACAUCGAGUGGAUAUCUUCGACCGACGUCUAUCAACACUCCCAUUGCGAGAAUUGCUCCCACGAAGCCACCCGAGAAGCCCGUUCCAUUCAGCAGUUUUCGCUCUCCGCCGGCUCCGGCGCAGACGCCGGCCAGUGCUGUGACUCCGACGGAGCAAAAGAAUCCUGUGCAGACGGAAAAGAGUGCCGUGGUGCAGCUGAAGGCCAAGGAGAGCAAGGAAGAGGAGAAGAAGCCCAAGUAUCAGCCUUACCACACGUCUAUCAAUCGGCCGGGACCUUACGCCGCCUCCUAUCGCAGUGGAGCGAAGAAGGACGACAAGGACGCCAAGCCGCCGACGGUUCGGGCGAGAACGCCAUCGCCCAAGAAGAAUCCGGACGUGGUGCCGUCCAAUGCUCCGCCUCCGAUCAAAUCCAAGCCUCCGGAUGUGGUCAAUAAUGGUCCCACGAAGCCCCAAACCGCCCAGAAGCCCAACAUCGUGGCAAAGCCCCGGCACAAUUCCACGGCGAAGACGGCCAAGAUGAAGUCGCCGACGGAUCCGCAGCUGCCCAACGGUCAGGGACCGGUGAUGGCGUCGUCCAAGAGUCGCAUCCUCACGGCGGCGGCUUCUCGGGCGCCGGGAAAGGCCUCGACGGUGGCGGCGCUGCAGCAGAAGUUCGAAGGCGGCGGCGGCAAAAAGUGAUAGUAUUGUUAUCUCUAUCUUGGACAAAGUGCACAAAGUCUUGUGUGAGUGCAGAUGAUAUUUUUUUGUGGAAGAGAUGUCUGCCUUUUAUAAGUGUUGAAUAUUUAGACAUUUUAAUCAAUUGGAUGUUUACCUUAAGAGACACAACAUGGAAAGUCUUAAAUUAUUACACUUUAAGGAUCACAAUUUGUAAACUAUACGCCAGUUUUUUGGUGCUUUUUUCUAUAUAAUGUCCUCGAACAACAACAAGAAGAAAA